AUGGGUUUGAGCACAAAGCAGGUUUCUUCUAACGACGGAUUGGACUGGAGCCAGAGCACUGCAACGAAGCCUCCGCCCGAUCCGACGGGCAGGAGGCGGCAUCAGAUGAACCAGGAUCACAACCAACCGGAGCCGUUGAAGUGUCCGAGAUGCGACUCCAGCAACACCAAGUUCUGCUACUACAACAACUACAACAAAUCCCAGCCCCGGCAUUUCUGUAAAGCCUGCAAGCGCCAUUGGACCAAAGGCGGGACCUUGCGCAACGUCCCCGUCGGCGGCGGCCGGAAGAACAAGCGCCCCCACAAACCCUCCGGCUCCGGCAACGGCAAGAUCAUUAACAAGGUUAAUCCGAAGAUGGUAAUUCAAGCCCAGCAGAACAAGAAGCCGAAACAGAGUACUGAAGGUAGUGGAGUAACAGAUCACCCCUCGCUAAAACUCCCGUCGCCGAUGGGUCCACCGGCGGAGAGCGAUUCCGUCGUGGCUAACUUCGACGACGAGGAGGGAAUUGGGUUUGUGUUUUCGCAAGGUCUGAGCUUUCCCAAUUACUCUGCCUCGUCCUCUGCCAUCUCCACCUCCUCCGCCGCCGCCACGUGGCAGGUUCCUAGCACGAUCGGCGGCGGGAGUGGGAAUAUGAACGAUAUGGCGAGCGGCGGCGGCGGGUACUGGAAUUGGGAUGUCGAUAUGGAUAACUUGGUUUCUUCCGCGGAUCUCAACAUUCCGUGGGACGAUUCCGAGAUUAAACCAUGUGAUUAA